AUGUGUUACGUCGUGCUGGCGACGCGAGUGAGAAGUUGGUGUGGCUCAGCUCAGCUUAGCUUUGGUCACGUAGGACGACGCGAACAUGACGAUGAUGCAGUUUUAUGCCACAUUCACUUCAGCAGACGUUGGAAAGCUUUCAUAUUUCACAGUGGCCUUGUCUUCGGACUGUGGACUGCAGUUAUCGCCUCGCCUCGGCCGCCUCGGCCGCCUCCGCAAGGCCAUAACAGGAUUUGA